AUGGGUCCCGGCCAAGUGGAAACAGCCGCUAAAGAUGUGGCGUCACCGGCGCAUAUUAAUGAGCCAUCGCCACUGAGAAAAAUGAUAUCGGUGGCUUCAAUCGCCGCUGGUGUACAGUUCGGCUGGGCCCUACAGCUAUCUCUUCUAACUCCGUACGUGCAGCUACUCGGAAUCCCACACAAGUGGUCAUCACUCAUCUGGCUCUGUGGUCCCAUCUCCGGCAUGCUCGUUCAGCCAACCGUCGGUUACUACAGCGACCGAUGCACCUCAAGAUUUGGUCGUCGCCGUCCUUUCAUCGCCGUGGGAGCCGUACUCGUCGCCGUCGCUGGUAUCCUAAUCGGAUACGCCGCCGAUCUCGGCCAGAUGGCGGGAGACAAACUCGACCAGACACCCAAGACACGCGCCAUAUGGUUCUUCGCUCUCGGAUUCUGGAUCCUCGACGUAGCCAACAACACCCUCCAAGGACCUUGCCGCGCUUUCCUCGCCGACUUAGCCGCGGGAGACGCAAAGAAAACGCGGACCGCAAACGCGUUUUUCUCUUUCUUCAUGGCGGUCGGAAACGUUUUGGGGUACGCGGCGGGAUCCUACACAAACCUCCACAAGAUGUUCCCUUUCACAAUGACUAAAGCUUGCGACAUCUAUUGCGCGAACCUCAAGAGCUGUUUCUUCAUCUCCAUCAUCCUCCUCCUCGCCCUCACCGUGAUAUCACUCUGUUACGUCAAAGACAAACAAUGGUCGCCGGAGAGAGGAGACGCCGACGUGAAAACUCCAUUCUUGAAAGAGGUCUUUGGAGCGUUCAAGGUGAUGGAACGUCCGAUGUGGAUGUUGCUAAUCGUCACGGCCUUGAACUGGAUCGCGUGGUUUCCUUUCCUCUUAUUCGAUACCGAUUGGAUGGGUCGUGAAGUGUACGGUGGAGACUCGGCAGGAGACGAUAAGCUGAAGAAGCUUUACAACCAAGGAGUACACGUUGGUGCGUUGGGGUUGAUGAUAAACGCAAUCGUUCUUGGAUUCAUGUCGCUUGGUGUUGAAUGGAUUAGUCGGAUGAUGGGAGGAGCUAAACGGCUUUGGGGAGUUGUGAAUUUCAUCCUCGCCGUGUGUUUGGCCAUGACGGUUUUGGUUACAAAGUUGGCGGAGGCUCACCGGAAAUCAGUCGGUGCGUAUGCCGGUCCGACCGAAGGCGUUAGAGCUGGAGCAUUGACUCUCUUUGCUCUUCUUGGAAUUCCUCUUGCGGUUACAUUCAGUAUUCCGUUCGCACUAGCUUCCAUAAUCUCAAGCAACUCCGGCGCCGGCCAAGGGCUUUCUCUAGGAGUUUUAAAUUUGGCAAUCGUGAUACCACAAAUGGUGGUGUCACUCGGAGGUGGACCGUUCGAUGCCUUGUUUGGAGGAGGAAACCUACCGGGAUUUGUGGUCGGAGCUAUUGCAGCGGCAAUCAGUGGCGUGGUGGCUUUAACCGUUCUCCCUUAG